AUCAAACUUUUUCUGAUGUUAGGAAUCAAACAACUCUCGAUCAUUGCCAAGUUAUCACAUUUUCUCUCAGGCAUAUCAUCGAACAACUUAUGGGCGUACAGUAUACACCAACAUUGUAUACCAAAGAAGAGCUUUUUCUUGAUGAUACUAUAAAAAAGAUGAGUUUGUAUGAGAUUAGACAUGCGAAUCUGAUCUGGGCACAAGCCGUCUUCGAUGUUCAUGGGCUACAAAAAGAAGAAGUCACCGAGAAGUUGACAUUUUUGUCUGUUGGUUAAUUUUUUCUCUUUUUUUAUUUUGCUGUUGUUUAAGACUUUAAGUCAACUUCAAGAAGUAAUUUUUUAUGUGGUGAGUCACAAUCAUCAUCUCCUUCACAUCCGUCAUAUGGUAACGUGUACUCCUUAGAAACGCAAUAUCUUUACAGAUAUUGAAGAAAGUUGCAAAAUUUGUUUUUAAGAAAAGUAUGAAUUCGAUUCAAUUAUCUUGUAGCUCUCUUCCUCAUGAUAUAAUCCUGAAGAUUGGCUCUUCUCUUCAGGUGAUUGAUCUUUGUGCACUCAGUAGCUGUUCUAAGUUUUGGAGAGAGCUGUGUGGUUCUGAUGUCUUAUGGGAACCUCUGUUUCGAAAAAGAUGGCCUUUGUUGUGCACAUUUGAUUCAGACAGUACUCAGUUUCCUCAACCCCAAAACGCUGGAACAACCAAUGAGGAAAAUUCCCAGGAAUGGAGAAGAUUUUACGUGGUGCAGCAUAAGGAAAUGGCAUCAAGAGCUUCGGCGGUGAUUACAUAUGUGACUAAAUGGCCUGUUACGUUGUCUCUAGAGGGCGGCCAAUAUCUGCACGCGGUUGAAACAAUGAGCUCGAUGAGGUUAGGAUUUCAAGAUGUGGAGUUAUUUAUCUUCAAACCAAACUUGAGUGUGCUGCUAAACCUCAUUGGACUCAUCUACUGCAUACAACACCUGAAACCGCCUCGGGAGCAAAUCGUGGAUGCGCUAAGGAGAUAUGGAAUCUCAGAGCAGCUAGUUUGGGUGAAAUGGUUGACGUUAGGUCGAUGGUCAGGUGGGAGACGAAUGAGAGACGAAAUCGUAUCACGUCAGGUCUCACUAGUCAAUGUUGUAACAGGGAAAGAAGAAACCGUUCUAAAAGUGCUUCAGCGAGGAGUUGUUCACGAAGUUCUUCGUGUUUGUAUCUCAACCAUGGAUCUUGCUUGCACCCCUUGCACAAGUAGCACCAUCAGAAACUACUAAACCUUUUCAAAUUACACAUUUUUUUACUUCAAGUCUAAUUAAUUGUGAUAAUGAAACAUAUGUAAACUAUAUGAUUAAAAACUUUAAAAGUGAUUAUGUAAAUAAUAAAAGAAUAAAGUGAA